GUGGCCUGGUGCUGUCAGUACCUCUGUUGGUCAUCAUCAUGACAUCAGAUGCCCGCUCAUCCCAUCAGUGCUGCCGGCUCUGUACAUCGUCCAGAUACAGGAUAUGGUCUGGGCUGCUGUGGGUGCUGCUGGUGGGCAUCAUUCCGGGCUCAUGGGCCCAGCAGGGCAACCAGCCCCAAUCCAUCAAAAUCGAGGGUGACAUCAAACUGGGUGGGCUGUUCCCGGUGCACUCGCGGGGGCCUGCUGGGGUGCCCUGCGGGGAGAUCAAGAGAGAAAAGGGGAUCCAUCGAUUGGAGGCCAUGCUGUACGCCCUGGACCAGAUCAACAGCGACCCAGACCUGCUGCCUAACAUCACUCUGGGGGCCCGGAUCCUGGACACCUGCUCCAGAGAUACCUACGCCCUGGAGCAGUCACUCACCUUUGUCCAGGCCCUGAUCCAGAAGGACAACUCAGAUGUGCGCUGCUCAAAUGGGGAGCCUCCAAUCAUCCCCAAACCAGAGAGGGUGGUCGGGGUGAUCGGGGCAUCUGGCAGCUCUGUGUCCAUCAUGGUGGCCAACGUGCUCAGACUGUUUGCGAUCCCCCAGAUCAGCUAUGCCUCCACUGCCCCGGAGCUGAGCGACAACAGCCGCUAUGAGUUCUUCUCUCGUGUGGUGCCGCCUGACUCCUACCAGGCCCAGGCUAUGCUGGACAUUGUUAAAGCCAUGGGCUGGAACUAUGUCUCCACGCUGGCCUCCGAGGGCAACUAUGGAGAAAGUGGCGUUGAUGCCUUCCAACAGAUAUCCAGAGAAGCAGGAGGGCUGUGUAUUGCACAGUCCAUAAAGAUUCCCAGAGAGCCUAGACCAGGGGAGUUUGAAAAGAUCAUCAAGAGACUGAUGGAGACAUCGAACGCCCGCGGGGUCAUCAUCUUUGCCAAUGAGGACGACAUCAAGCGAGUGUUGCAGGCUGCCAAAAAGGCCAACCUGACAGGUCACUUCCUGUUUGUUGGCUCUGACAGCUGGGGGGCCAAAAACUCCCCCAUUCAAGACCUGGAGGAGGUGGCCGAAGGUGCAGUCACAAUCCUGCCCAAAAGAGCCUCUAUUGAUGGGUUUGACCAGUACUUCACUUCGAGAUCUCUGGAAAACAACAGAAGAAACAUCUGGUUUGCAGAAUUCUGGGAAGACGACUUCAAGUGCAAACUAACUCGCCCUGGUGUCAAAUAUGAACUUGGUAGAAGAAAAUGUACAAGUGAAGAAAGAAUCAGUCGAGAUUCUCAGUACGAACAGGAGGGCAAGGUGCAGUUUGUGAUUGACGCUGUAUAUGCCAUGGCCCACGCCUUGCACAGCAUGCAUAUGGACCUGUGUCCUGGCUACAUGGGUGUCUGCGAGAAGAUGGACCCUGUGGAAGGACGGAUGCUCCUCCAAUACAUUCGUUCUGUCAACUUCAAUGGCAGUGCAGGAACAGGUGUGAUGUUCAAUGAGAAUGGAGACGCUCCUGGUCGAUAUGACAUCUUCCAGUAUCAGCUGUCGAAUGUCAGCAACCCUGGCUACAGGGUUAUUGGCCAAUGGACAAACCACCUACGACUCAAUCCAGAGGAGAUGCAGUGGUCAGGCGGUGAUCGCAAGGUCCCCGAGUCGGUGUGCAGUUUCCCCUGCGAGUCUGGUGAGAGGAAGAAGAUGGUGAAGGGCGUCCCUUGCUGCUGGCACUGCGAGCUCUGUGAUGGCUACCAGUACCUGCUGGACGAGUUCAACUGUGACAUGUGCCCCUUUGAUAUGAGACCUCUGAAGAACCGUACAGGCUGCCGGCCCACGCCCAUCAUCAAACUGGAGUGGAGCUCUCCCUGGGCCAUCAUCCCUGUCUUCUUGGCAAUCCUGGGCAUCCUGGCCACCUCUGGGGUCAUCGUCACCUUCAUCCGCUUCAACGACACGCCCAUCGUCCGGGCCUCCGGCAGAGAGCUCAGCUACGUGUUGCUGACGGGCAUCUUCCUCAUCUACCUCAUCACCUUCCUCAUGAUUGCAGAGCCCAGUGUGGCCGUGUGUGCCUUCCGCAGGCUACUGCUGGGGCUCGGCAUGAGCAUCAGCUACUCCGCCAUGCUUACAAAGACGAACCGGAUCUACCGCAUCUUUGAACAGGGCAAGAAGUCGGUCACACCUCCGAAGUUCAUCAGCCCCACCUCUCAGCUGAUUAUCACCUUCAUACUCAUCUCAGUGCAGUUACUCGGGGUGUUCAUCUGGUUUGGUGUGAUGCCCCCCCACACCAUCAUCGACUACGAGGAGCAGAAGCCUCCAAACCCAGAGUUUGCUCGCGGGGUCCUCAAGUGUGACAUGUCUGACCUGUCGCUCAUCUUGUGUCUGAGCUACAGUAUCGUCCUGAUGAUCACCUGCACGGUGUACGCCAUCAAGAGCAGAGGAGUUCCUGAGACCUUCAAUGAGGCCAAGCCCAUUGGCUUCACCAUGUACACCACCUGCAUCAUCUGGCUGGCCUUUGUACCCAUCUUCUUUGGCACUGCACAGUCUACCGAGAAGAUGUUCAUCCAGACCACCACCCUGACAGUGUCCAUGAGCCUGAGCGCCACCGUGUCACUGGGCAUGCUCUACAUCCCCAAGGUCUACGUCAUCAUCUUCCACCCGGAGCAGAACGUCCAGAAGAGAAAGCGCAGCUUCAAAGCCGUAGUGCAGGCGGCCACCGUGUCCACGCACCUGUCCACCAAGUCCAACGACAAACAGAACGGAGAGUCCAAGAUCGAGCCGGACAGAUCACAGUGAAGCAACAAAGAUGAAACUGGGCUCAUGUAUUUAUCACCUAAUGUCACUGAUGCCCACAUUACCUCACUGAUCAGUGAGAAAAAAAAAAAUCAGCAUUUAGUUUUUUUGCUGGAUUGUUUGUUUUUCUUCUCCCCUUUAAGUAAGAAACAUGGAUUGAGAAACCAGCAAAGACGUUCCUGGAUGUUGUUUCUUUUUACACCUAUUUAGAGAACUCAGAGCUACAAAAUCUGGAAAGAAGCACGAAAGGAAACAGAAAAUAUGAUGGAAAAAAAAUUGCUUUUCACAUAAGGAGGACACUGGGAGGAUGUUGAGCCAUACUGAAUGGACUGCUAGCAACACUGAAGUUUUUUUCUCUUUUGUAACAACAUCCACAUAUACACCUCAACUUGACAUGGAGGUAUUGUUAGUUGUAAUUCUCCCUGGGAAAUGCUGUUUAGGAAAAAAAAAAAGAAAAAAAAGAUGAGCUUAAAUGGCGACCUUUGCCCUACAGGAAGAUGUACAUGUAUGUGGAAUCCCUCGAGGUCAAUGAAACAUAUUGUUUACUGGCUCCAUAAGCACUGCAUGGAUUGUGUGUUUUACGUGUACAUGAAUGUUUUGAAAUAUUGUUUGUACGGGGUGUUGUGACUCUGAACUUUUCUUCUGAUUGCACUGGAAGGAAGUCACUUUUAAAAAUGCACCACCAUGUCCUGUCACUGAUUCUGAAAAGUUCCCCUGGGAAGAUCCAAUAAUCACAUAACCGUGAUCACUCACAGAAAAUCAUCAAUAUACAACCACUGAUGCAACAAAGCAUUUCAUUUGAAUUAGUGUAAUGUAUGCAAUCAUGAUGGUACAAACUGGUUUUCAUUGUAGUGACUGUUAAUUUAAGGGUUCAAACAGGAUACGAGUGAUUGUGAACAGGAUAUUUAUGUUCUACCUGGUACUUUUCUCCACAUUGCAAAACAAUGUUUGGCAUUUCCCCAAAUUGUUUGUGAAAAUAUCAAGUGAUCUGCUCAAGGCCAGUUUGAAUGGCAACACGCCAAAAUCACACACAGGCUGCUGUGAGGUUCAUGCAUGGAAACCUUAUUAGAAAGCUUCACUUGAUAAUCUUCACUUCUGCAAACAUGAGGCUGAAUUAACAACACUCUCGUCUUUGCCAGUAUAUUAUUUGCAGUGCACCUUUUGCUACUUGAUCUCAAUGUACAACUCAGGUUUUACUGAAGGUGUUUUGAGUAACAUUUUUUUCUAGGGGAUCUCCUUCUAUAGAGGCGCAGCCUUUUCAAUACAAAUGGAUCCAGCAGUUACCCUGUGCAGUGCAUGUUUCCUCACAAUGCAGGAGAUCCAUAUCCUCAUGUGAGAAAACAGUGUUUGUACUGCCCUCUGCAGGAGAGCCCACCUCAGUGAAAUGUUUGUGAAUAAAAGCACAGUUAAGAGGGAAUUGUUUGUAGACCCCACACAAACCUUAAUAAAAAAAUAUUGUUUAUUAUUUGAGUUGGUAUACAUCUGGCAGUACCAUUAAAACAAAAAAAAUACCUCCAUUAUAUACACAUGUAGGCGUUAGUGCGAAAAAUAACAUUAUUUUUCGAAGUAGAGUCAAAUAGCUUUUACUGCAAGAUGUAUCAGUGAUAAACAUUCGAUGACAUAACAGAGCGCUCAUAUAUCUAGUUUGUCUCAAACACAUACAGACAUCCACAUAACUACGACAUACUAUCAGCAAGAAAAAGCUGGCUGAGGG